AGUAAAUUAUGUAGCUGAAAGUCUUGCAAAACUGAAUCUGAAAGCUGAAAAUCUUGCAAGUUUCAUCAUCCAAAUUCAAACAAAAGAAAGAUAACAGCAGAAUAGCUUCAUGCUCAGUAGGAAAUACAUGUCAUUGGAGUCGCAAAUUAUGUAGCUGAAAGUCUUGCAAAACUGAAGCUGAAAACUGAAAGUCUUGCAAAAGUUUCAUCGUCCAAAUUCAAACAAAAAGAAAGAGAAAGACAAGGGAAAAAGAAGAGACAACAUUCUCGCUGUAAGACUUUGAAGAUAUUGAUUGUAUCCAGACAUUGUUACAUUUUGACUGACUCCACUUAUCAAUUUUUCCAUCAGGUAGGCUGCGGUUGCUGGUAUCUUCUCAUCAUUAGGCUGCCUGCAGCCUAGGUCUGAUUUGCUUCAUCUGCAACAAUGGCAAACAAGGUUCCGGGGAUGCUAUGCCACCUUGCUCUUUGUCUGUGUUUCUUUGUUCAUGGAGGUCUUGCCAUAACAUCUGUAACAAGGGAUGAGCUGUUGUCAAAAAUUGGCAACAAGCAUAUGAUUGCAAACAAGGAUAUUGCCACCCUGAUCAAUGGCAAAAACCCUGUGAUUUCUGAAGAGUACCUGGCAAGAGACUGCAGGGGUGCUUACCGCCAUGGUAGGAGGAAGAGUGGCCUCUAUGUUAUCCGUCCCCGAUUCUCUCCUUUACUGGUGGUCUACUGCGACAUGGAGUAUGAUGGUGGUGGCUGGACAGUUCUGCUCAGAAAUGAUCUCAAACAAAAGACCACUUGGUCACACAACUGGAAUGAUUAUAGGAUUGGUUUUGGGGAUCUUUUAGGAAACUACUGGCUUGGAAAUGAACAUAUAUUCCACUUAACUAGAUCUACUCCAUGCUUUGUGCGAUUUGUUAUAAUUGACGGUGAUGGAAAUAUCAAACAUGCCGAUUACCAUAGUUUUAGAGUGGACGGUGAGGAUAAUGAUUUUGCCUUGAGGUUAGGGAACUAUUCAGGGAAUGCAGGAGAUGCCCUGACCUCUAUGGGCGAAGCAGGAAUCCAUGACAACAUGAAGUUUUCUGCCCAAGAUCGGGAUAAUGACCGGAGGCCCACUUCAAACUGUGCAUUAGAGAAUGGGGCUGGCUGGUGGUAUGAUAACUGCUAUUCAGCUCUGCUAACCAAUCGUAACCAGAUUUACUGGGAAGGGUUGUGCACAGAGACUAGCAACUGCAAAUUAGCAUCCAUCAUGAUUAAACCAAAUGGGAAAAACUGCAACAUUCCUUCAAGAUAUUAAUGAAUUGUUGCUCAAUGCUUUAAAUGCUUCCUCUCACCUAAAUUCUGUUCUGAAUACCAAUCACCAAAAUAUUGCUUGCAAAGCUCAAGGUUUGAAGGUAAAAUAUCCAUCCUCACAAAAACUUCUCUUGAGCAAAUCCCAUUGAAAUAAAUAGACAAAUGCGACCCAAGGUUUCAGGCAUUUC